AUGGCACGCCAGAUUGCUGAGGAAGAUGCUAUUCCGAGAGGUUGGCGUACCACCAAGCCAGGAAGCAUCAUCUGGGUCUUGUUCAGUGUAACCAGAAUCCUCCUAGGAUCAGUCUUCCUCGUCUUCUUCUACAUUCCGAGUUCUCGGCGUCCAAAUACACACUGGACCCGCGGUCAGGCCCUCCGAACCUGGGUCAUGAGGGCGGUGUUUGGUGUUAUCACCGACAUAGGCUGGAUGCAGUCGAUAAGCUUGGAGCCUGGCAAGCUCGGCCGACGAUGGGUGGUCAUGGAGCCGGCCUCGGCGGAAUUAUACCAGGGCCCGCUAUCCCACAAUUUGGUGAAACCACAGAGAAUCGGUGCGGUUUGGUAUCCUGAGCCGCCUGGCACUGUCGACGAGGGAGGGUCCCAGGGCAUCGUGGCGUUGUACUUUCACGGCGGAUCCUUCAUGUGGAUGACGGGUCGUCCGGAUGACAGUAAGUUUGGGGCGGAUCUUCUGAAUGCGCACUUGGGCCCCGGGGGACGUUCGUUAUGGGUGCAAUACAGACUCUCGGGCGACAAAAAUGACCCGGCGCCGUGGCCAGGGCCGUUCCAGGAUGCCCUGACAUCGUACCUGUAUCUCGUCAACGAGUUACACAUUGCUCCGCACCGCAUUGUGGUGGGAGGGGACUCUUCGGGUGGCACUCUGGCUAUCGGCCUCGUACGCUACCUCGUAGAGCUAGGCCACGUUACCCCCAAGGCGUGCCUAUUGUUUUCACCCUCGGUCGAUACCACGUUCGAAGCCGACUCGCAGGCGGUCGACGGCCACCGGAACCAAAAGACCGACUAUUUUGACGGACGCAUGACCGCCUGGGGCUACCGGGUCUUUGCGCCUCCCCCCCUGCUUCUUGAUGGACCUUAUCUAUCCCCGAGCCUGCAUCCGUUUGCGACCCAGACGCCGCUCUUCGUGCAGUCAGGAGGUGCUGAAGUCAUCCUCGACACCAAUUUCGAAUUCGUCGAGAGGUUUAGGCGCGUACCUGGGAACAAGGUCACCCAUUGGGUGCUUCCGUACGCGCCCCAUGAUGUCUUCUUGACCGGUCCGCUUCUAGGGUGGACGAAAGGGGCUGAGAGCAUCGGGGAUGCUCUGGAUGCUUUCUUUGCGCAGUUGUAG